GAGGAAACACCGCGAAAUCAGUUAUCGAACGAACGUCGCUUGAUACGGCUGCUUUAGCAUAAACCGCUUGUUGUUAAUAAGAGAAUCGCUUUGGAAAAAUUCGAGCUCGGUGCAUAAAAUUUAUUGGAAAAAAAUAUUUCACGCGUAAAAAAUAGAAAACCGCAAAGGAAGUACGUCUAACAGAUGCUAAAAACCAAAUAAAAGCGCAAACGUGAACUUGUACAACACGCAUGCAAACGUUAAGGUAAACGGACAUACACACGCCGAAGUGAUAAUCAGACUCUAAAAAGAAAAAAAAAAUUGUAAAAAUCAACAGACCAGCGAAGAGACAAACAGGCAAACAGGCGAGCUCCCCUACAAGAGCCACAGCCACAGCCGCAGCUUCCCUCCCGUCCAAUUCCUGCGCUGCAACACGCUGCAAAUUUAUUUACUACGAACGGCAGACAGGCUUUGCUAUUUGUGGCAUUGCGCUGUUGUUGUUAUUGUUGUCGUUAUUACUGUGCCGUCCAACAGUUGUUCACUGCGUUUUUGUACAUAAAAAACAACACAACAAAAGUGAAAUUUUACUCAAUGAAUUGUCAACUAAGUGUAAAGUAGCGAAAAAAACAGAAAAAACAAGUGGAAAACAACAAAAAAUAAAAAUUAAAAUAUUUAUUGGAAUAUCAGCUAUAAUUUCUUCGCACUUUGUUGUAUUAAACGCUUGCAAUAAUAUACGUAUAAAGCAAUGUGCAUUGUGCAAACACAAUAAAGAAAUCAAUAAACAAAUAAAAUUAAAAUUAAAAAAAAAAUAAUAAUAACAAAAAUAAUAAAAAAAAUAAAAAUAAAAUUUGCAGACAGGCUGCGGCGCGUUUAAAGCAAAAAGGAUCUAUUAAAUUUACAUAAAUGGACAUAUUGUCUGCAAACGCGCUUAACGUGCUUUCCGAAGCAGGACAAUAAAAUUAUUGGCGUAGAGAAAUUAUUUGGAUACUAAAAUAGUUUAUGAUCCCCUGACAGCAAUGAUUACCGAUCGCAACAAAUUCAAUUUUGUUACGAUAUGCAUUGGUUUAUGCUUCCUGCACACCGGCGUAAAUGUGGCGUACGCGCAAGCAACGAGCAACGCGCAGCAGGAGGCAAACCUACAGCAAACGCAACAACAAAUACAACAAGACGAAAGCCAAGCGGCAAUCGCGACGAUAUCGGUGGCGGACAACAACAUCAAAGAUGAAAAGACUAAUGCGAUUUUAAAUGAGCCAAUAAAUGGUGUGGCGCACGCAUUCAGCCCGCGCUUGGAUUACAGCAACGAAUGGCGCCCCGUGGGCCGCGGUGAUCCAUUGAAGAACGAUCCAACAUUCGAUUACAGUCCGCCAACGCUCGAGCACGUACGUUACUGGGCAGAGACCACAAAGGAUAGCAGUAAAGAGGAAACCGGUGGUGUUGGCAAACAGGAUGGAAAUACUUUACGACACGCACAACCCAACCAAAAAGACAUACUAAAGUUGGGUAUGCCGAAUGAGCAUUUGCGUGGUGGAGCCAGUGUCGUGCAUGCAUCCUCGCCUUCACCGCAUCACCAACCACAUCCGAGUCAACAUGCUGUGCCACAUCACCCCUAUCACCAUCAAGCUCUUCACGUGGGUGUUGGUAAGAAUGCCAAAGGUGAAAUGCCAUUACUACAACCGAAGUAUACAUCGGUGCGUCGCAGUUAUUAUGCGCAACAAUUGCCAACACGUCUGAUGCCACCACCAAUGCAAGCAAACUCACCGCCGAUCAACACUUUCAAUGUGCCAAUGAAGCCGUCGCAAGUUGCGCAGGUGCACAGCGAGUAUCGUCACAGUAUGCCUGUAUCGUCGCAACAACAUGUUUCCUCAAUGCCCAAUAUGGGACCAUCCACAUCGGUGCCAACACAGUCCGUGGCACACAUGAAGAUGCAGCACUAUCCAAGCAUGUCAACGCCACCCGCUUCCUCGUCGUGGAUGUACAGCUCACCGACUGUUAUGCACCAUUAUCCACAACAACCGCAACAGCAACAUCAUCAUUACGUCAUGUCUAGCGGCUCCGCGUUUUCUAUGCCAACAUCUUCACAGUCCUCGCGUAUGCCGAUUUCACAUGUCUACGACUCACAUCCACAAGACUCGCAUCACUACUUCAGCUACACCCGGCCCAGUGGUUCAAACAGCAUAACCUCACAUAUGCCACAGGAGUCUCACUCUCCGAACUCCAUAUGGCACAGCGAGAGCAAUAUGAAACCAAGCGGCACUGGUCGCAAGCCCUGGUUGCAUGAACUUCUGCAGAAGGAGGUUGUGAAGACUUCAGCCAAACCGAGUUAUUCAACGUCCGCCAGUAAAUAUGCUUAUGAAAGCACAAAACCAAUCUACGAGCGCAUGCCGUCAACGACGAGCUCGUUAAAUGGUGGUUUCACACCAAUCACACCGGUUACGUAUGUCUCAGCGCCUCCGACCAUUGCGACCACCACGACGACAACAAGUACAACACGUGUGCCGCCUUCAUCAGUUGCGAUCGCUUACACCACCCCCCGUAUUCAUUACCCAGUCACAAGCUCAACUGCAGCGCCACGACUCUCAAGCACUACGUCGCGCGUCAUUUACACCACACCAACAACAACGACAACACCACGUCCGACAACGUCGACAACCUCGUCCCGACUGCUAAUACCAACAACCAGCAAUUUAGCCUACCGGCCGACAGUAGCGCCAAUGCAAAUGACCACAGACUCGCUCUUCUCACACUACAAACAACCUGAGGCGCCGUUGAGGGGUCCAAUGUAUCUGAUCAUUGAAGGGCACUCGAAAGUGAAGAAAUACGGUAAAAAUGGCAUAAACUUGAAUCUACCAAAAAUUGUGCCCGUUAUACCGAAACGUGAGCCGGUGGUGCGCAUUGCAGAGCCGGGUGAGGAGAAGCGCGGUACACCCGAGACCUUCCACGUAGAACAUUUACAUGUGAAGACUUCAACAACGACGACGACAACUGCAAGACCCGCAACCACGCCGAAGUCUGCGACUACAGCGACACAUAUAACGUCCACCACAUCAAGACCAACAAUGCAAUCGCCCACAACGAAACUCCUAACAACCACUACAAAGCCCAUGAAGUUAACAGCAGUCACAAACAGCACGGCAAAGCCACCAACAUCCACCACCACAACAACUGCACGACCAGCAGCAACCACAGCGUCACCUAAGACCGCCAGUACUCAGCCAACAACAACAAAAGCAGCUACUAAACAAACUGAAAAGUCCGUUCAGUCAAACACCACAAAGUCUGCACAAAGUGAACCGCAACUAAAGCUCGAGCUGCCUAAUGAACCACCAACUGGCAUGGCAGGUCUACUAAGCCUACUUGACUCCUCGCUGGGUGGGCUCUUCGACGAGCAACCAUUAGAUAAGACCGCGCUGCUCUCUGCACAAAAGACAGCCACUUCAGCGAAGCUUGCAAUGAGCACACCCAGCACAGUUUUGCAGGCAGUAAACUCCGCCGCGACCACAGCUCAGUCCGCAAUUGUACCUGUCGCAGCAAAUUCACUCAUUGGCACUAACGCUGGCAAUAUAGCUGCGGCCGACACGUUUGACGGUUCAAUGGGAUCAGCAGAGUUCAGCUUUAGCACAGAUGUGCCACCACGAGAGGUGCGCCAAGUUUUCGAUUACGAUCAACGCCCGGAAUCACGUCUUAAGGAUGUGGCAAUUGAGAACUACGAAGGCGCGAUGGAUGAGGGAGCGUCUUCAGCUUUCUACGAUGACGAUGAGUUCGGCGAGUAUGAAGAUAUAGAGACGGCGCUUGGACAACCAAUCAAACGCAUGGAUCGAUUUGUAGGAGACGAGGAGGGUGAGUUUGUGGGCGAUUAUGAGGACGUGGAAUUGGAGGAGUUGGGCUUGAGUGACGUUGCGCCGGCUGAGGAAUCGACGAUACUUGUGCGCACGCAAGCGAAAAUGGCGUAAAUAUGUAUGUAAGUGAACGAAAUGAUUGGUCAAUAAAUAACCGCCGUCACAACUAAUGCGUCAAACGCCGAACUUUAACCUUUCGCCGAGACCAAGACUAAUGGCAUUGCGCCGCUGCGAAUGCCGCUGAUUAGCGCAGCUUAGCAAACAGUCAUUCAAACGUACAUACCUAUGUGUGUAUGUAUGUAUAUUCGAGAAAUAUGUUUGAUAUGUACACAAUGAUAAAUUGGCGUUUGAUUCUUUGUUAUUUCAGCUGAAACACACAUACAUACAUACAUACAUUUUUAAACUCUACGUACUGCUCUACACCAAAUCUAUUUUUUUUUUAGAAAAAACUUGUAUUUUAUAAACUUAGUGUUUU